AUGGUUGAUGCACAGUAUGCACCACUUACUGCGACUUUGGUGAGAACGCUUACUGAUAAACUGUACGAGAAGAGGAAAGCUGCUGCGCUUGAUAUAGAGAAACAAGUGCGGGAUUUGCUGCAAGCAAACCAUUUGGCAGAGCUGAAGAAGUUGCUCACUGUACUAAAGGGAUUGACAGCAGCACAAAAUGCGCAUGCACGAAAGGGUGGUCUAAUUGGUCUAGCAGCUGCGGCAAUUGCUUUGGGAAAGAACACUGCUGAUUAUACUUCGCAGUUGAUCGAACCAGUUCUGACUUGUUUUAGUGAUCCCGACUCCCGAGUACGAUACUAUGCUUGUGAAUCAUUGUACAAUAUUGUGAAAAUAUGUCGUUCAUCUGCGUUAUCUCAUUUUGACGAACUUUUUGACACUCUUUGGCGAUUGUCUGCUGAUACAGACUUAAAUGUGCGCAGCGGAGCAGAAUUAUUGGAUCGGCUGCUAAAGGAUAUUGUACUUGCCACAAAUUCAUUCGAGAUCUCGAUUUUAAUGUCAUUGGUCCGUGAUAGAAUAUAUUCUCAAAAUAGCUCAAAUCGAAGAUUUGUUGUCUCUUGGCUAUCAGCUGUAUUGACAGCACCAGAACUUUCCAUUUCUGUGUAUCUUCCCGAAGUUCUGGAUGGCUUAUUCCAAAUGCUGGGCGAUAGUCAGCCGGGAGUCCGAGAUGCCACGGAAGCAGUUCUUGGGCAGUUUCUUGAACGAUUGCACGAGCAGAAGGAUGGUGACAGGGCUGAACUAAGUGACAUGAUCAAUGUCCUCAUAGUCCAUGCUUGUGCUGAAGAAAGUGCUCUCACUCGGAUGAUUGCUCUUAUUUGGCUGAAUUGUUUUUUGAAAAUGCAUUCUGCUGGCCUCCUUCAGUAUCUUUCAUCUUUUUUGACAGCCGUGCUUCCAUGUUUAAAUGAUUCACAGCUUAAAGCUAAAGAAAUCAAUACACAUUUAAUGGAACUGCUAUCAGAGAAUGCCGAUAUCGAGUAUGAUGCUGUUAUUAAAGUACUUUUAAAGCAUAUCAAACACGAAUUUCGGGAUACAAGGAUGGCUGUCUUGAAUUGGAUUAGUAGAAUGCACGUUACUGCACCCGCAAAAUUGUUUUCGUACAUGGACCGUGUAUUCCCAGUACUGCUUUCUCUACUAUCCGAUACAUGUGAUGAUGUGUUAUUGCUGGAUUUGCAAUUACUUUCCGAUAUAUGCGAAGGCAAAAAUACUAGUGGUGUUGAGCUUCAGGAGCUUAAUCUUAACGAAAAUAUCUUGAAACAGCUUUCAGGCAUAUCGCCAUAUUUAGUGAAAUUCACAUCAAGCUUAUUAGCAAUGUUUCGAAGUGAUAAGGCCUUGCUCAAUGAUAGAGGUGUCUUGAUCGUCAGGCAGUUAUGUAUUCUACUCGGAUCCGGAUCCAUCUAUCGCUGUUUGUCAGUUCUUUUACUAAAUGAUAGUGAUACGGGAUUCAUAUCUCAAAUGGUUGCUUUACUAAAUGGGAUACUGCUCACUUCUAGUGAGCUAUUCGAGUUAAGGAAGCAAUUAAGAACACUGGAAUCUGAAACUUGCAUAAAUCUCUUCGAAUCUUUAUAUCGUACAUGGGCUUUCCAACCUAUCGCAUUACUUGGCUUGUGUGUGUUAUCGCAAAACUACGAACAUGCAAGUAUACUGGUACGGCAUCUAUGGAAAGUCGAUGUUACGGUUGAUGUGCUUAUUGAAAUUGAUCGACUUGUACAGCUUAUCGAAAGUCCCAUACUUUCAUAUGUACGGCUCGAUUUAUUGGAUGCUAGACACCAACGACCUCUUACAGCCGUUCUUUCAGCUCUUCUAAUGAUAUUGCCUCAAACCGAUGCUUUCAAUACAUUACAUAAGCGCAUACAGUGCAUUCCAUCUAUCGUUGUUCAUGAGGAAAACGAACAAAAUCAGUUGGAUGCAAAAGUGGAUUUUAAACCUUUGUUGCAACAUUUCUUGAGGAUCCUUGAAGAACAACAGGAAGUUCUUAGAAGGAAACAUCGACAAAUGCUGAGUUCAAUUGAGUAA